AUGCUUGCACGCUCGAUACUGCCACUUGUGAGGCAGAGGGCGAUACCCGUUGGCACCCGACUGUCACUCGCUACCUCACAGGCCAGAUUCUACGCUCGCGAUUCGAAAAAGCCAUCGAAGCCCAGCGGCUACACGAUCCCGUCCUCCGCUCCCUCUUCCGGCCCCCUAUCAGACAGCCAGAAGCCUCGAGUGGUCCCUCAACCGAAGACACCAGAAACAGACAAAUUCUCGGAGGAACAAGUGGAGUUUGAAACAUCUGCCGAAUCGCAAAAGAAUACAGCUUCUCAGUCAGCAGGCGCCGGCGCGGAAUCAAAGCAAGAGUCCUCUGAGAGCCAGGCUGAUGCUCUAAACGAAAAGGGAGAGCCAGAAUAUGUCAACCAACAACCCCUUCCUGACCUGACUCAAGGUAUCCCAUCUACUUUGGGAGAAGAAGUGGAAUCACAGUCGAGACGUCGAAGCGGAGCACUUAAUUUGACCGAAGACCCGGAAAAGGCCUCUGAAGACGAUGGAGGUCGUGGCGAUAUUCCAAAGAACGCAUACGUCUCGUCCCUUGAAAGACGCAGAAACCGAAUGACCAACUUGACCUUUGCCGCGUUCCUGGCCCUCUCUAUUGCUGGAACAGCGUAUCUUGGCCGAAAUUGGGAUACAGCGGAGGAGGAAGCGGCGCAUCCAGAUUCUCCCUCGGGAUGGGGCUUUGGACUACUUUUCGGCCGUAUACGUGCUCGUAUGUCUGAUAUCACCAGCUACUACAAGGACCCUGCUUUUGAGAAACUUCUACCUGAAGAAGACCCUCAAUUCAGACAACCCUACACCCUUGUCAUCAGUCUCGAGGAUCUCCUGGUUCACAGCGAAUGGAGCCGUGAGCAUGGAUGGCGAGUAGCAAAGAGGCCGGGAGUGGAUUAUUUCCUCCGAUAUCUCAAUCAAUACUACGAAUUGGUUCUUUUCACAACCGUUCCAAGUAUGAUGGCUGAUCAAGUUCUUCGAAAGCUUGACCCAUACCGAAUCAUCAGGUGGCCGCUAUUCAGGGAAGCCACCAAGUACGAGGACGGUGAAUAUGUCAAGGAUCUUUCUUACCUGAACCGCGACCUUUCAAAGGUUAUUUUGGUCGAUACCCAUGCUCCUCACGCUAAACGCCAACCCGAGAACGCCAUCAUACUACCAAAAUGGAAAGGCGAUGCAAAGGAUAAAUCACUCGUUGCCCUGAUUCCAUUCCUAGAAUACGUUGCUGGAAUGGGUAUCGACGAUGUCAGACCAGUCCUCAAGUCUUUCGACGGCACUUUCAUCCCAGCCGAAUUCGCCAAGCGAGAAAAGGCCAUGCGAGACAAAUUUGAGAAGCAGUUGGCCGAAGAAAAGGCGAAGAGACCGAAACAUAGCAUUGGUAGCAUCAGUUCGCUCUUCGGUAUAAAGCCCGCCGGGUCGUCGAUAGCUGGUCUUGAAGAUGGUCAAUCCGGCGGAAUAGAGGAGGGAAAGAUGCUGUGGGAUCAAAUCCGCGAGAGAGGCCAGAAACAAUAUGAGCUGAUCGAGAAGGAGAUCCGAGAGAACGGAGAGAAAUGGCUGGCAGAAAUGGCAGCUGAGGAGGAGAAGGCGAGAGAAGAACAGAUGAAAGGAAUGAAGAGUAGCUUUACUGGCUUCUUCGGAGGUGGUGUGGGAGGAAGGAAAGCAUGA